GUUUUUUGUUUUUUGUUUUUUAUCUCUGCGGAACCAUUGAAAAAUGGGUCCGCGGAAUGGGGGGAACACAAAGAGUGUGACACAGUUAGCUAACAGCCAGAAUGUGAAAAGAAGGUUCUUUGGCAGUGGUAUUGAGGGGGGGUAAUCCAAGAUGGCCGCCCGCCGCAUUCCACUAGUCUUGCUUGCCUGUGGCUCCUUUAAUCCCAUCACCAACCAGCACAUGAGGUUGUUUGAGCUGGCCAGAGACCACAUGCACAGCACAGGCCUGUACCAGGUGGUAGGUGGCAUCGUGUCUCCAGUGAGUGACAGCUAUGGAAAGCAAGGCCUGGUAUUGGCUAAGCACAGAAUUGCUAUGGCAAAGCUAGCGCUCCUGAGUUCCAACUGGGUCACAGUUGAUGAAUGGGAAAGCCAGCAGCCAGACUGGACAGAGACUGUGGUCACCAUGAGGUAUCAUUAUGAGCGUAUUCUGACGGGAUAUGAGCAGAGCACAGGAACGCACAACGCCUCCAGUGGAAACAACACUCAUCUCUCAAGCACCUGUCCACAGCUGAAGCUCCUAUGUGGAGCUGAUUUCCUCGACACUUUUAAGAUCCCCGGCCUGUGGCGAGACGACCAUGUGGAAGAAGUGGCUGGGCGUUUUGGCCUCGUCUGCGUCAGUCGAGGGGGCCUUCAGCCUGAGCGAGCCGUGCACGAGUCUGACACACUCUCGCAUCACCGUCAAAACAUUUUCCUAGUGAGGGAGUGGGUGAGGAAUGAUACGAGCGCCACCGAGGUCCGCCGGGCCCUGAGACGUGGGCUGAGCGUCAAAUACCUGGUCCCAGACUCUGUGAUAGAAUAUAUUCAACAGCACAACCUCUACACGGAGGACAGCGAGAGGAGAAAUAAGGGCACGAUGCUGAGGCCGCUGGCCAAAUGCGAACAAAAGCCUGUGAAGAGUCUAGAUGACUAUGUAAAUGUUGCCAUCAGGAAAAUCGCCACCUUGUUGAAGCCUGACAAGGACAUCGUCCACGAUGGGGACCACAUAAUCAUCAAAACCCUGAGCACCUUCAAAAACUACAACAUGGACUUCUAUGUAGGCAAAGAGUUUGAGGAGGAUCUGUCUGGAGUGGAUGACAGGAAAUGCAUGACCACCAUCACCUGGGAUGGAGACAAGCUGGUGUGUGUGCAGAAGGGAGAGAUUGAAGGAAGAGGCUGGACCCACUGGGUGGACGGAGACGAGCUUCAUCUGCCUCCUGCUGCUCCUUGUGCAUUCACACCCAACCACCACCCCAGCGUCUACCUGCAGGCACUUCUGCACACAACAGUGUCACCAGCUGCCACCAUGCCUGCAGACUUCAGUGGGAAAUGGAUACUGGAAACCAAUGAGAAAUUUGAAGAUUAUUUGAAAGUCCUGAAUAUCGACUUUGCAACAAGGAAAAUUGCCAUCUCUUUGUCUCAGACCAAAGUGGUGGCCCAAGAAGGAGACAAGUUUGACCUCAAAACACUGAGCACCUUCAGGAACUAUGAGUUAGCCUUCACUAUAGGGGUUGAAUUUGAUGAGUACACCAAGGGAUUAGACAACAGAAAUGUCAAGUCUCUGGUGACAUGGGAGGGGGACAAGCUGGUGUGCACUCAGAAAGGAGAGAAGGCCAACCGUGGCUGGAAACACUGGAUGGAAGGUGACAAACUCUAUCUGGAGCUGACGUGUGAAGAUGUAGUUUGUCUUCAGGUGUUCAAGAGAAAAGAAUGAAAGGCAAAAUAUCUGUUUUUGUUCCUGUCUACUUGCUAGUUUAAAAAAGUUUUUCUUGCUUCUCAAUAACCUAUUUUUCUCGAACCGAUGAACUAAAUGAAUAAAGGUGCUUUUCAGACAACA